GCCUGCGCGGAGCUUCUACCCCUAUCUCUCGAGGGUUCAUUAAGAAAAUACAUAGACAGGCCGGCCUGAUUUGAAAAGUUUACUUCGACCUAAUUUUAAAGGUACCUGCGUCCUCCUACCUGUGGGUAGAUGCCCGUGACAUGGAAACUUGAUUGGUCACAUGAUUUUCACGUCUAGAAGAGUAUUGCUUUGACAUGGCUUCUUGUAUCGUAUUAUGUAGCACCUUUCGUGGCUAACGUGCAUCCCUGCGUCUCGAGACCGGUUCACAGGGCAUGUCUUCUCUCCAGUGCAUCACGUGUGAGCCAAGCCUGCCCUGGUCUUAGUCAGUUCCUAACUAAGACCCCGAUAUUACCAUACGACUACUGUGGUAACGAAAACUUCAUUGUCCUGCCAACCACGAGUGCCUGGUAGAUGCUUUAUUCUGGUGUCCCUUUUGACCUGCCUUGUGUAGCUAGCGCUGCUUUUCCCGUUGCUUUCGGUGCUAUUGACCUCAAGGGUGCCACUCGCAUCUAGCAUUCCCACGAAAACAGUAUGGAGGCCAACAGCAAACUUUUGACUUACAAUCUCGACCUCAGUGCGGGGACGGAUCUUCCAAGACCCUCGCAAAACGAUGAUGACAUUUCUGAGGACAGCCUCGACAAGAAGCCCAAGACCUCUGAGCCUUGCACAGUUUGCUGGGAUCUUGAUCAGAACUUUGCACGAAAUGUGUCUAGUCGUCCUCUAGGCAUCGGACUUGGCCCUUACCAUGCUACUUCAUCAACCAAACUCCAACAAUCUGCAGUUGGAAGUUGCGGUUACUGCAAGAUUUUGUACAAUUCUAUUAAAGCCUUCGCUCGCACCUUGUCAGAUGAUAGUCUUGCAGCUGCACUGUUGGACAUCGAGCAGGAUUAUCGAGUCAGCAUUCGCUUGCCAAGCGCCGGAUCAUUUCUCAACGGCCAACGAAAAUGCGUUGGUCUUGGACUUUAUACUUCAGCCGCGAAAAAGAAUGCAUCAUUCGAUUUUGAUAUUGACAUAUAUAAUCCAGAAGUCCAAACGACAGCCAAACUACGAAAGACGAAGAAUUCCCGAAAUCCCAAGCGUCAGAAAAGUACUGUCCUUGCAAGCCACAGCCUCAGCGUAGAUUGGAGUAGAUUCGGAACAGCCGUUUCGGUACCUUCAGAACUCGCUCUAGAUCAUUGCGUUGAUCUCACAAACGCGUGGCUCAAACAGUGCGAUGAUCUUCACUCGUCUUGCCACGCAGCAGUAACCACACCACCACUACCUACCCGAAUCCUAGAUUUGGCCCGGAAAACACAUAUCAAGCUUGUAAAUGGGAAGGCACUGAAGGGAAAAUAUAUGACACUCAGUCACUGCUGGGGAAACAGCGAUACAAUCAUGAAAACCACGAUGUCGACGUUAGAUCAGAUGUCAAUUGGCAUCCCUUCAUCCCGGCUGAGCAGGACGUUUCAAGACGCUGUGGCCAUUACCCGUGGUCUUAAGGUCCGUUAUCUCUGGAUUGACGCUUUAUGUAUCAUCCAGGAUGAUUUGCAAGACUGGGAAGCCGAGUCUGUGAAAAUGGCACAAGUCUAUUCAAACUCUUAUUUGAACAUCGCUGCCACCCAUGCGACUGAUGGCUCUGGGGGGUGUCUUGUCCAACGCCAUCGAUACGAGUCGCACUCUACCAACAUAACUUCCUCGAUAGAUCCGAUCAGUCUGGCUAUCACUGAUGAUGAUGGCACUUGCCUUCUCAUGGUUCGACAGUCCUUUUCUAACAGCCAUGACGAAAUUAUAGGGUCCCGACUUACGCCGUCCUCGCAAAGCUCUCCUCUGUUAGAUCGCGGGUGGGUCUUACAGGAAACCCUCCUGGCUCGACGAACCCUUCAUUUCCAUGCAGAAGAAAUGCUUUUCCAGUGCCAACAAAUGACAUUUUGCGAAUGCGGGUAUUGCAUUGAUCUGCAUCACGCUCUGGAAGAAUGGUCGGCCACACCUCCGUAUCUCCGCCCAGAAGGGGAGUUUCCGGCCCCAUCUUCAACCCGCAUGAAGUCUGAAUUCGCGACGCUAACUAGAGCUGACAUUGCAAGCAAUUCGAGGCAAUUGCUUGAUGAUCGUACCCUACCAGAACCUGGAAUUCAGCUGAUGAAAGACUUUUGGCUGCGUCUCAUUAUGUCAUACUCUCGGCUAAAACUUUCUCGAGAGACCGAUCGGCUGCAAGCCCUUCUGGGCCUAGCAACUUGCUUGUCCGAAAAAUACGACACUGUAUACCUUGCCGGUAUAUGGAAAGAAGAUUUACUGAGGGGUUUGCUUUGGGGGAGACACGGCCGCACUACCCGAGCGAUUACUGAUACGAUACCAUCAUGGUCAUGGGCAUCUGUCAAAUUUGACAACGAUGGCAAUGAAAAGCACCACAUUACUUACGAGCCAGUUGUAAGUGGUAAAUUUCGCCCUGUGUCACAUGUUGGAAUGAUCCCAAAUCAAGGCCAAAACGAAACGAAACUAGGUGGCCUCGAUAUCGAUAUGCACCGUACGGCAGUAGCACUUCGAGGACCAGUCAUCCAAGCGAAAUUUGGAAGAUGGGUAAUUCCAAAUGCCGGCUCAAACGAGACGCUUUUCCGAUUUGAUAACAAAGACACCGAGUUUCGUCCUGAUGUAGAUGAACCGGCUAUACCUCUCGAUGCAAUAGAGACCUUUAAGUUUCGGGGAGGACUUAUCGACUUUGAGCAUUGUAGACAGCUCUUUUUCUGCAUAUUGAUUGGCAAAACCAAGGCAGAGCACGUCGAUUCGGUGGAUCAAGCUCUGGUGCUUGAGAAAAGAUUUAUUAUCGAUCAAGCUCACGUUGUUACGAUCACUUACAGGAGGGUAGGGAUGCUAGUUUUGCCAUCAUCGAGGAGUUGGUUUUCGAAAGCUGAAGAGAAAGAUAUUCAAGUUUUUUGA